CUUUCGCCUCCGGUCUUUUUCCAUCACGGACACAGGCUAGUUGAAAGGCUUAGAUCGAGUUUAAACCUGGUUGAUACUACUAGGUAACCAUAUUUUUAUAAAUUAAAAAUAGCAACAAAAGCCUAAUGUUUGUUAUUUAAUGUAUGCUUAAGAUAUUUUGAUCAAGUAAACAGUUCCGUUGAAAAGUUGAUACAAAACGAGUCGAUAAAGUCGCACAAGGAAGGUAGAAGAUACCAUACUGACGAACAAAGAAACCCUUUCUCAGAGUAACACAUCUUCAGUACUCUCUUUAGUUAUGAAUCAUGUGGCUGUUGAAAAUGCACACGGUCUAGACCAGCAGAUUGCUGCCCUAGACUUGAAAUCUGAUGCACAGGGAGGAGGCAUUGGCAGGCGUUACAUUCCACCUCAUUUAAGGAACAAAGAGGCUUCUAAGAACGACUCUCCAGGUGGAUGGGAUGUUGGACGAAGCAAUGGAUUUGUAAAUGGUUACCGUGAUGGCCGUGACAACUACAUGAAUGGGAGUAACACUUUUGGUAACCGUGGAUCUAUACGUAAUGACCGCAGCAGCAGAGGAAGUGGUUAUAGAGGUCGAGGCAGUGGUUCCUAUGUCAGCCAACAAGUGCAAAACCCAGGCUUUGGCCAUGACAACAAAGAUGGAGGUGGAUGGAAUGCCAUAAAAGAUAAUGCAUAUAAUAGCUUCGGUGGGCGUUCUGACAGGAACAAGUCUGCCUUCUACAACGAUCGUGGAUCUUCCAGGGGAAGGUAUGAGCGAGGAAGUUUCGGGAGUGGCGGAAACAGUCGGUGGGUUGAUGAUUCCAGAGAUGAUGAGGAUUGGUCCAAACCCCUCACUCCUAAUGAAAGGCUGGAACAUGAACUAUUUUCUGGAAGCAACACUGGAAUUAACUUUGAGAAAUAUGAUGACAUUCCUGUUGAAGCCACUGGCCACAACUGCCCUCAGCACAUUGAGAGUUUCCAUGAUGUAGAUAUGGGUGAGAUUAUUAUGGGAAACAUUACUUUGAGUCGCUACUCGCGCCCCACUCCAGUCCAGAAAUAUGCCAUUCCAAUUAUCAAAUCCAAGAGAGACCUGAUGGCGUGUGCACAGACAGGCUCUGGUAAGACUGCAGCAUUCUUACUGCCAGUACUGAGUCAGAUAUAUACAGAUGGACCAGGAGAGACCUUACAGGCUGCAAAGAACAGUGUUCAGGAAAACGGCAGAUACGGACGCCGUAAGCAGUACCCCCUUUCUCUGGUUUUGGCUCCAACUCGGGAAUUGGCUCUCCAGAUCUAUGAUGAGGCUAGGAAGUUUGCCUAUCGUUCUCGAGUACGCCCUUGUGUCGUAUAUGGAGGAGCUGACAUUGGCCAGCAGAUUCGUGACUUGGAGAGGGGCUGCCACCUGCUAGUUGCCACACCUGGUCGUCUGGUAGACAUGAUGGAGAGGGGCAAGAUUGGUUUGGAUUACUGCAACUACUUGGUCCUUGAUGAAGCUGACAGGAUGCUAGAUAUGGGUUUUGAACCACAAAUCCGACGUAUUGUGGAGCAAGAUACUAUGCCUUCUAAAGGGUUGCGCCAAACUAUGAUGUUUAGUGCCACCUUCCCAAAGGAGAUCCAGAUAUUGGCACGUGAUUUCCUGGAAGAUUACAUCUUCUUGGCUGUGGGCCGUGUGGGCUCCACCUCUGAGAACAUUACCCAGAAAGUGGUUUGGGUUGAGGAGAGUGAUAAAAGAUCGUUCUUGCUUGAUCUCCUGAAUGCCACAGUCAUACCAGGCGAGGUUCAGGACAAUACUGGGGAAAAUGGUGAGAAACCUGGCAAAGACUCUUUGACUCUGGUGUUUGUGGAAACCAAGAAGGGUGCUGAUGCACUUGAAGACUUUCUGUACCGUGAGGGGUAUGCUUGCACCAGUAUCCAUGGUGACCGUUCACAGAGAGACCGUGAGGAGGCACUCCAUCAGUUCCGCUCUGGAAGAUGUCCAAUCCUGGUUGCCACUGCUGUAGCUGCACGUGGUCUAGACAUCUGCAAUGUGAAACAUGUCAUCAACUUUGACCUGCCUAGUGACAUUGAGGAGUACGUCCACCGCAUAGGCCGUACAGGUCGUGUGGGAAAUCUUGGUCUUGCUACCUCAUUCUUUAACGAUAAGAAUGGCAACAUUACAAAAGACCUCCUGGACAUUCUGGUGGAGGCCAAACAGGAAGUGCCAUCCUGGCUGGAAAGCCUGGCUUAUGAGCACCAGCACAAGGGAAGCAACCGUGGCCGCUCAAAGAGGUUCUCUGGGGGGUUCGGAGCCAGGGAUUACCGUCAAACCAGCAGCAACGCCACGAGUAGUGGCUUUGGGAAUCGUGGUAGUCGUAAUGCUGGUGGUCAUGGUGCCAACCGUGGAUUUGGUGGUACUAAGGGGGGAUUUGGACAUUUCUACAACAGUGAUGGUUAUGGUGGCAACUACUCUCAGGUGGACUGGUGGGGAAACUAACUUCUUAACCACACAUGCGCCUUUCAGUUCCCCCAUGAUCCCAACACCAAACUUGCUGAAUGGAAACCACAUGUAAUUAAGCCAGGCUAUAAAACGCUGUGUAGCAUUCAAGAACUCUACAGUACAUUAACACCUGUGAUUCUCUGUCCACAUUAUGGAAUGCGUCACUGGCUCCAGGAGAUGGGAGACAUUGGCCACAGGAGGAACCUGUCUCCAGACUUGCUUGUCUGUAAAAAGACUCAAAGGAAGAAAAGUAGAAAUGUUACUUGUCUUGGCUGUUUUAUUUUUAAAUUCCACUACAUUUAUAUCGCUUUCUUUGUAGUAAAGGAGAAUCAUUUGUUCAAUGUACUGUGCCUUUUGAAUUUGGAUUUUUUUUUUUGUCUUGUUACCUUUUAAACAUCAAAUGGCUGACAAAUGGCCACAGUUUAGUUUUUUGUGUGUUUAAUUUAUUCGGGGAAAAAAAUGGGCUUUUGAAGGCACAAAUUAAGAUUUAAUCAAACCUUGGCAAACUCCAGGAAGGUUUGGCUCUGGAGUUCUGAACAUCAAAUUAAUCACAGGGUCACCAGGCUCAUUUCAAAAAUGUACCUGCCCCUCUUACAUUGGUUUUUACCCUUGCUUUGCAAGGGAAGGAAGAUCUUAAUUCAAAUGUUAAUCUUGCUCACUCUAUCCUGGAGAGGUAGCUCUAAGGGAUGUGGUAGUCAUCUGAAAAAGAUUUAGCAAGCCAUUCCAAGUUAAUAUCGGUAACUAUGAUGUGAGCAGUUUUUACGUCCAUUCACACCAGUGUUUGGAUGCACAACACUUGUAUGCUCUUAUGUGAAUCAUAACAUUUUUCAGGCAGCUAGUUCAGUAACAGGCUAGCUGUUUGGAGGUGUGCAGUUUCUUCAUUCUGUUCCUUACUUGAACUUCUGUGGAGUGGCAAUUGUUUUAUACUUUUUACGAAAUAAUUUUUGAAAUGAAGAAACCAGUGGACUAUGAGCUUCUGCAUUAGUGAAAUGUUGCUAUCUUGGCACGGGUGUCAGAGUGGACAUGUCCUAAAUGCCAAGCCCAUCUCUUCAGCAAUUUGCUUGGCAAGUGGUGGUGUUUUUUUGGUUGAGAGAGAGAAAUUUGUCAGACUGAAACCAGGCUUUCCUUUUUGGAUCAAGGAAUAUCAUUUUCAUUCUCUUCCCUCCCCAUAAAAAAAGCAGUGAAUUUCAGAUUGACAAGUGUGAUGUAGAGACACUGCCUCCCUGUAAGAACAUGGAGGAGGGAGGGUAAUUGAGGCAAAUUAGGAAUAAUGUACACAGGAGGAGGAAUUGAUUUGUACAUGGGGAAGCAAAUUCUAGUGGCGUUGGAGUUUUGGCUAAUACACUUUGGAGUGGGGGUUUUUGUGGUUGGUGUUUUGUUGGUGUCUUGGCCAAAGUAAUGGUUACAGUUCCCCUUCCCAUCCUCAAGUCAAUUAAGGACAUCUGAUAAUGUGGAGAUAAGAUCAGCAGUCACUCACUGCAGCUGGCAGAGUUUUUUUUUUUUUUUCCCCCCCAUGCCUUUUAAGCAGUUGUGGUGUGAAGGAGGGGGGCAUGAUGCUACAUUUUGCUGAAGUGCAAUAGACGUCUUCAAGCAUGUUGUGCCUUUUGACAUUUAAAAAAAAUAUAUAUAUUUAGGUGAAAACGGUGAACUGAAGUGGAUGCACUUGACCAGUAUUGUGGUAUGAACUUGAGACAAGUGGUGCUAUUUAGGCUUAGGCCUUUAUAUGUUAUGCCCAUCAAGUUUUACAAAAAGUUUUAUUUUUUUGCACGUGGAGUUUUAUAUAAAGUCUUCAUCCUGCGUCCUUAAGCUUCCAAUAUUCUGUGUAAAGACUGUGUGUAAAAAUGCAGCUUGUUUACAAAACGUAAGGGUUUUCAAUAUUUCGUUGGGAUUAAUUUGGGACCAGGGAGUCCACAGUGGGGAAUUUUAACUACUUGCACACAGAUUACUAGAUUCUACUUUUUGCUGCUAGUUUGUGUAAUUUAUUAAACAUUUUUGAGAAAUAUUUAUUUUUAUAAACCUAAAAGUUGAUCACUUCAUGUUAACUUGACCAAAAGACCGUACAAAAACACUGGUACUUGAAUGUUGAAUGCCACCUGUAUGCAUGAAACUUCUAUUUUUCGGGGUAGUGUGAGCUUUUUAAUGUUAAAGGUCAUUUUGAAAUCGGUCAAAAUCUUCAUUUAUAGACUUCUGGCCAAAUAUUCCUCCGACAAAAGAAAUUAAUUGGCAACCAAAAUUAAAUACCAUGCCAAGGUUUGGACAACAGCUCAAAAAUAAUUUUAUAAUUAUAUCAACACACAUCCUCCUCCUCCCCCCCCCCCCCCGGGUUUUUUUGUUUGUUUGUUUGAAAUGGGUAAUCUAAUUUUGCCCCUAGUGAGAGUCUGGCUAAAGGCAAUCUUAAGGAAAAGUGUGGUCCUUCUGUUGCAUUUGCAGAAAUUUGGCAUUUGGAAACAUUGUUCUCUGGUUUGGUGCUAAAUUCUUCUAGUCAUAAUGAUAAAGCAGUUGAGUUUAAGCAAUAUGCAUUUGAUAGGAAAUUAUUUUGAUUCGCUUUUGAUUCACCAACCUAUAACAAGGAACAUCAAUGGAGCCCUUAGAGUGAAUAAUAGUUUUUCUUUCUCUACUAGCUUAAAAGUUGUGCACUGUAUGUUCAUUGUAUUUUAUGAAAAUAAAGUUCAAAAUGGCAAAGUGCAA